AUGUCAAUGAUCUUCCAAGAGAAGUGUCCAGUAUUUGCUCGAUCUUCAUCAACAACUUCCACCCAACAACCAACGCCAACAACAACAUCGAGUAAUUCGCAACCAACACCUUAUCCAGCAACACCAUCAAUGCCGACGCCAUAUCCGGCAACAUCUACAGCUGGAAUCACGCCAUAUCCUCAAACUAAUGUUCCAUAUCCAAUUGGUGCAGGCGCUGGUUAUAAGUGAGUUUUUUUUCCAAAAUCUUUAACAUACAAUUCUAAUUUUUCAGCCCAUAUAUGAAUGUGCCAAAUACAACACCAUCAGCAGUUCCAUAUCCAUCUGCCGGAAUGACUCCAUAUCCAUCAAUUCCAGCUCGACCACCAGCACCAACAAAUCGAAGCACAUCGAUGGCUGGAAUUGGACAAGACACGAUAAGAGAUUCAUUGUUAUCAGCACUCAAUGAGAAGCUUAGAGUUAGAGUGUCUGAUUUUAUAGGUUGGUGGAAAGAAAGAGAAUUGUAAGAAAAAUAUGACUAUAUAUAUAUUUAUAGGAACAGGGAGCGCGGAAUUAGCAUCAAUUCAAUCAACGGAAAGAGAAUUACGAGAUGGACAAUUGAAAUUGAAAAGAAUGGUUGAGGAAUUGGAAUCGCAAAGGAAUAGCUUGCAAACUGCUGUUGAAUUGUAUUCGGUGAGUUUUUUCAAAAAAAAACAUUUUGAUAAAUAUGAAAAUAUUAUUGGUAGAAAAAAAAAAUCAAUAUUUUCUUCCAGUCCAAAAAAGCGGAACUCUCGAAAGCUCUCCAAGAUGCUGGUGGAACUGAAGCUCCACCAAUCGAUGAAGCAAUCAAUGCCUCAACUCCACUUCAUCGACAAAUUGUCACAAAUUAUGCAAAAGAUUUGACAUGUGAUGAUGUUAUUUAUUCACUCGGUUCGUUUUUGGAACAUUUUUUGGGGGAAAAUCCGAAUAUUUUUUUGAUUAGAGAUAGCUUGAAAUUGAGAGAGCCUAGACAGAAAAUCACCCAAAAAAGUUAUUUUCUGUCUUGACUCUCUCAAUUUUACGCUAUCUCUAAUUCAGUUUUUUUUUCAAAAUAUUUUUCCACACAUUGAAACCCAUUUUGCAGGCCAAUCACUUAAAAAGGGUAAUCUAACAUUGUCGGAUUAUCUUCGACGAGUUCGCGAUGUUUCGCGAGAGCAAUUUAUCUAUAGAGCAACAAUGCAAAAAUGUCGACGGGUAGCCGGUCUGCCAAUCUAA